CUAGGAAUCCUGAUGAGAUGCUGUUUGAGAAACAACAGGAUGCGUUGAAUGUACCUGGCAGCAGACUUCCGUGCAGGGACAAUCUCAGGCAGCAUGUGAGGAGGCACACUGUUCAGCAGUCUUUUGAACAUAGCAGGACAGAGAAAACCUUUAGCAGGAAGAAGAUCUACUUUACACAGAAGAAGCUUUGCAUCAGAAACAGCUGUGAUAAGCCACGUGACAUGGUAGGAGAAAAAAUUCAGGUUGAAAAGAAAACUUUCCCCAAAAAUCCCGACCUUGGCAAUCAUCAGCAAGCAUACUCUGGAGAGAAACUCCUUGAACACUUCGAGAGUGAAAAAUGCUCUAUUUACCAGACAGAUCUUAGAAGAAACAGGACAGCAAGUCAGCAUACAUGUGGCUACUGCAAAAAACCUUUCCGUUAUACAUCUUGCCUUACCACCAAACACAGAAAUGGUACAGUUGGAAAUCUGUGUGUGUGCGCUGAAUGUAGAAAUUUCAUAUAUCAGAAGCCAGACCUCGCUAGAAAUCAGACAGUUCACACCGGAGAGAAGCCAUACCGAUGUCAUGAGCAUGGAAAUACCAUUUGUAAGAAGUCAGUCCUUCAAGCACAGCAGAGAACUCAUCAAAGAGAGAAACCCGAUGAAUGCAAUGUGUGUGACAAAGCUUUUUCCAGCAAGUCUUACCUAGUAAUUCAUCAGAAAAGUCAUUCCAGUGAGGAGCUUUAUGAAUGUAAUGAAUGUAGAAAAGUUUUUUGCAAGAAGUCGGCUCUCUUCAAACAUCAGAGAAUCCACACAGGAGAGAAACCUUAUGCAUGUUCAGAGUGCGGAAAAUUCUUUAACUGGAGGUCAAAUCUCAUUAAACAUCAGAAAAUCCACACAGGACAGAAACCUUAUGAAUGUUUAGAGUGUGGAAAAUUCUUUAACUGGAGGUCAAAUCUCAUUAAACAUCAAAGAAUUCACACAGGGGAAAGACGUUAUAGUUGUAGUGAGUGUGGUAAAGUCUUUUGGGACAAGACAGAUCUCAUUACACAUCAGAGAAUUCACACAGGGGAGAAACCUUACGCAUGUAAAGACUGUGGGAAAUUCUUUAACUGGAAAUCAAAUCUCAUUAGACAUGAGAGAAUCCACUCAGGAGAGAAGACUUAUGAAUGCCCAAAGUGCGGAAAGGCUUUUAAGCAGAAAUCAGAUUUCAUUAAACAUCAGAGAACUCACACAGGACAGGAACUUUAUACAUGUAGUGAGUGUGGAAAAGUCUUCUGGGCAAAGUCAGACCUCAGUAGACAUCAGAGAAUUCACACAGGGGAAAAGCCUUACACGUGUAAUGAAUGUGGAAAGGCAUUCAACCGACGGUGUUCUCUCAUUAGGCAUCAGAGAAUCCACUCGGGGGAGAAGCCUUAUGAAUGUAGUAAAUGCAGAAAGGCCUUUAGCCGGAGGUCAGAGCUGAUUAGACAUCAGAGAAUUCAUACAGAGGAAACCAUAUGCAUGUAGUGAGUACGGUAAAUU